AUGUUCGACAAGAACGAACUCCGGGCUGCCUAUCGCGACCUUUUUGUUGAAGCCAUCGAAAAGUACCAAGCAAGAAUUUCAGCGGCUGUGCAGGAGUCGAGGACAGAUAGGGCGCCGCAGCCAGGUAGCCUUCAAUCUGCACAGCCAAAGCCAGUUCAGGUUUAUGCCCGGAAGCGCCCUUUAUUCAGCGAUGAGAUAGCCAAGCGCAAUGACUUCGACGUUCUGCACAUACUUCCUGGUGAGGGUUCUUCAUCACAACUGGUUCUUCACAACUGCUUGUUCCAAGCAGACCUGCGCACGCCGAUGGUGCACCACCUGCGCUUUGCCUUUGAUCAAGUCUUCUCGCAGACUGCACUUGACCAGGAUGUAUACAAGGUCUGCGCAGCGAACCUCGUGGCAGCAGUUCGUAGCGGCCAUGCUGGGACGGUGCUGAUGUUCGGGCAAACUGGCAGCGGCAAGACCCAUACCAUGAGGGCCAUCGAGACGCUAGCGGCAGCAGAUUUGUUCCAGGACCUGGGCCCGAAGGUCCUGUCGAUCACUUUUGUGGAGCUUCGUGGUGCCCGCUGCUUCGACUUGCAGGUUGCAAGCUUGCCUGAGCUUAAGCUGCGUGAGGUGCGUGAGGCAUCAGGGAAUUUCUUUGCUGCCGAGGGUGCUGUCGAGGUCUUUCCAGAAACUGUCGAGCAAGCGUGUGCAGGGAUCCAAGCGGCAAGGCAGCGCCGGGCAACUUCAGUCACUGAAGCAAACGAUGAAAGCUCCCGAAGCCAUGCGAUUUGUACCAUCCGCUUGCGGGACACAGGAGGGUGUCUCACUCUUGUAGAUUGUGCAGGGACAGAAAGAAGGAAAGACUCCGCAAAUCAUACACGCGAGCGGCAGCACGAAGGAGCUGAGAUCAAUGCAUCGCUCUAUGCCCUGAAAGAGUGUAUCCGCUUCAUGUCUACAAGGCAGCGCGUCCCUCCUCACGCUUUUCGUGCAUCAGCACUGACAAAGCUGCUUGCAAGAAGUCUGUCUCGCUUGGACACGUCCCUUCUGUCGGUCAUUUGUACAGUCGCGCCGGCCGCAUCAGAUACCGAACACACAUUGUCCACUUUGCGAACGGGUGCGGCCUUACGCGUGAAGUCUGCCUGCGAGACCGAAAGAGAGAUUCUGCAGAGUAUCUCAACCAAGAAUCGGGACCCACAUCCUCGACAGUGGUCUCCUCACGAAGUGCAGGGCUGGCUUUGCCAAGUUGAAGAUGGCUUCUUUGCGGAUGUGUGCGCCGCACUCCCAGCAGAGUUCACAGGCCAGAUGCUUGUUCGCCUCAGCGAGCCUCACUGUGUCCGUCUCUGUGGUUCGGAAAGCCGAGGCAGGAAUCCGACUUACCAGUUCGUGAAAGGUUGGAAAUCUUGA